AUGUCCAAGAGAGGCUCGUUGAAAAUGAAAGUUGGCAAUGUCUUUAAGAGAGGAGGCAAGAAGAAGGAGCGCUGCAACAGCGACACCGAGUCUUCGGAAUCAUCCAUGGACUUGGAUGAGUUGCGGCAACAUAUUGGCGAGCUCAGUCUGACCUUUAAGGACAGCAACUCGGCCGUCAAUGAAAGAAAAAGUCAAGAUGUCAACAGAAGCAUCACUCUCAAUACUAGUACCGGAAAUAGUUCCCUGGUGCAAGAAUUCAACAACAGCUCCAGCAAUGACGACAGAAUGAAGAAUCUCAUCCUGUCCUACAAGAGCAAACCUAGGCCAUUUCGAGAUACCAAAGCACCACCCAGACCACACAAGAGCCGUUCCUUCAAAAUGGAUGGCGUUCCAGCCUUUAUGAAUCAAGAAAUCCAGAAGAACGCGCGUCGAGAAGCCGAGAAACGACGCAAACGACAACAAGCCAAGUCCGCCACACCCAUGUCGGAGCUUCAUGAAUCCAUGGCAAGCAUGUCCAUGCCCACCAUGACUCGGAAGGAGCGGCCCAAGGUUCGCUUUCUCAAUCUACCAAAAGAUCAUCCCUUGUACUGGGACCACACAAAGCUGUCUGCCAGCGACUUUCCGGAAGAGGAUAGAGCCUUCUUGGCCAAGACUCUCAAGAACCCAAUGAAGAGUUUGGGCGGGCAAGCAAGCCCUGCACGUGCGGACAUUAUCUUGAAGAAGCUGCAUUUGAAGGACUGGGAUGCCGCCACUAUCGGGCGUUCAGCCAUGGCCCUCUUUCAUCCUGACAGCAAUCCUUUGAACUUGUCUCCGGAAGUUACUAACUACUUCUUCACGCGAUUCAACACUCUCAAGACAGGUCUGGAUGAAGGAGAUGAAAUCCAAUACAUGGAUCGGACCUAUCAACAACGAGAAGGAACAUUGCCAGAGCUGUACAGUCGUUUAAGGGGAGAUUUUGAAGAAGCUACGCGAAGCUACGAAAUCCACCAAAACAGUCCUUACGACUUCUGA